AAAACAAGCCGCCAUAGCUCCCUCCACAUUCCAGGAUCUACUCGCUUUAGCAUAUUCGCUACUUGUUGUUCAUUCUUGAUAAUCCUCUUACCCACUUCAAGAUGCAGCUCCCUGUUGUCGCCGCUCUCCUAUACGCCAACUUGGCGUUUGCUGCUCCCGGUACUGCUGCGCGUCGCCAAAGGGCGGCCGAGCGUCUUGCUGAGAGGAGGGUUUCUCGUACUUCGAAUACCCUCCAGCCCGCUGAUAGCGAAUUUGCGAUCGCCUCCAAGAACGACACUGCUCAUGUCGAGUACAGCUCUAACUGGGCUGGUGCCGUCCUCAUCGGCAGUGGCUACAAGACCGUAACCGGUACCAUUGUUGUUCCCACUCCCAAGACUCCCUCGGGUGGUAGCAGCUCGCAAACCUACUCGGCAUCCGCUUGGGUCGGUAUUGACGGUGACACUUGCGAUACCGCAAUUCUGCAGACUGGUGUCGACUUUACCGUUAAGGGAUCAUCGGUAUCAUUUGAUGCCUGGUAUGAAUGGUACCCCGACUAUGCUUACGAUUUCUCCGGCAUUACCAUCCACGCCGGUGACACUCUUACCUUCACCGUCACUUCUUCUAGCACUUCAGCCGGCACGGCUGUUAUCGAGAACAAGACGACCGGCAAGAAGGUCACCCACAGCUUCUCCGGCGAGAGCGACAAGCUCUGCAAUACCAACGCUGAGUGGAUCGUGGAGGACUACUCGUCGGGCGGCGGCCUAGUACCCUUCGCGAACUUCGGCACUGUUCAGUUCACCGGUGCUUCAGUCAACGGUGGCACUGGAGUUAGCGGCGCUACUAUCAUCGACAUCCAGCAGAGCAGCAAAGUCUUGACUGAUUGCUCUACUUCUGGAUCUAGCACUGUCGUCUGCUCGUACACUGGUUAAGCGAAUUCGAAUGAGCUCACUCUUAUGUCUGGUUGGAAAGAGAUGCAGACAGAUUGGCUGGGGGGUUGGAAUAUCUAGCUGUCAUUUACGUCACAUGCUACUUUAGCAGUAUUUAUCGACUAGAUAUUUGACUAAGUCUUGGCCUAUUUGUAGCUACCUAUCUAUACCGAAACAUAGUA